CAGCUACCGUUUCGUAAUCAUAAUGAUAAUGACUUGCAGGGAACAGUAUUUCAGCAUCAGUAACUUCGUUUCACCGGAAAGCACUACCUUAUUACGGAUAAAAUGUCAAUGCUUGGUCAGCGGACACUGGCUUGGGUCGAUAAGCGUCUAUGACAAUCAACAUGCGAACUUUAUGAACCUUUUUGAGGGAGUUCUGUUAUGUUGCCUGGAAAUUUUGCACAGCUACCACCUGUUGGAGAUACGCCUGUUUAUGCUUUCCCAUCCCAGUCCAGUCCUUUACUCGCACAACAUUGAUCCUUCAUUUAUUGUCUUUUUGAAACAGUUGUUAUGCUUUCGGAAAUAUUAGACAGACUGAAAACAAUCCUGAGGCAGAACAAUUUCGAGCAAUUCCUCGUCGCUUACGAGAUGGUCAGACUACUCAAGAUGACUGGAUAACACCGUCAGAGGACACAACAGCACGUAAACGUGAGUGA